AUGAAGAUGUCAAUGGCCCUUCUACAGAUGCCAAACGAGAUCCUUCUGCUCAUUUUCCACCAAAUGCCAACAAUCCAGGAUGCUGUAGACCUUGCCCACUCAUGUUCACACCUUUAUCAGUUAUUUUCAGCCCCCAGGAACAAAAUCGACAUCCUUUGCUCCGCAGCAAAUGUACCACAGAAGCCCAACCACAGCCUGGACGAGGCUUUUUCUGUGCUAAUCCGCCAGCCGCCAUCGAACUGGCUCCUCCAGAGCGCCCACUCAUCCAAGUACAUGCUUAUUGAACUUGACGACGAAGAGAUCCUGGAUGCAUCUCCAUCAACCUUACUAGACUUCACAGCCAUCCAGCGCCUCCCGAAACACAGCGCAAGCUCACCCACGGAAACCCUCGACGCAUUCCUCACGCAAUUCUACUACCUGGACUUUUCCUUGAGCGGCUACUACGAAAAUAUGACCUCGGAACUGAUAUCCGGAGCAGCUCGACUCCAGCUCCAACUUCUACACGCGUCGCAUAGUGCACCGCCUGCGGACCUUUCCGGCGACACAACAGUGCUUGCGCUGGCUCUGCACUGCCUCGCGAUGCUGUACAUCAUGGACAUGAUCGACCUGUAUAACGUAGACAUACCAGAACCCGAGCUCUUCCGCGACGGAUCCCCCGUGGUGCUCAUGGAACAGGGGGAUGACGAGCGGCGGUUUCUUCCGACUGUACGCGUUCAUAGGCCAGAACAUCGAGACCCGUCGGAGCUGGACUGCGAGAGAAACUCGGGCGGCUCAAGCCUCGAUCUGGAUAGAGAGUUUCACCGCAUGCUGGAACAUGUCGUCCAUGUAUCGUUUUUUCGUCUCUUGGAUACCGCGGACCCGAGACACUGGCCUACAGUGCUGUAUGUGCUUGUGGUUCUUAACAUGGGGGUCCGGGAUAGUCUGCACCCAUUCCUAAGAUGGAGGCGGAAGCUAGGCGAUGCACAGAAGGGGUUUGAUUUUGUAUUCCGGGAUCUGGUGCGGUAUUACUACCUCUGCACGGAUGGUGGACAGAUCCUGAGUGACCGCUGGGAGAAAAGCGAGUAUGCGGCGCGGGUGCAACAUGAUCAGGUUGCUGUUGAGCAUGCUGAGAUGUUGAAUCGUUCAUGGCUGGGACUAGAUAAGGUAGACUGGGACUCUAGGGACGGGGAGGAUGGCGUAGAAGGGUUUGGGGAUAAAGUCGAGUAUUUUGCGUCUGGCGGUGGUUUGUUAUAA